UAUUAUCAUUAUUACUGUUAUUAUUAUUUUACUGUUAUUAUUAUCAAAAGUUGUAAAGACUGACAGACAGACAGACAGACAGAGACACAGACAAAAGAAAGAUAUAGAGGUGUGUGUCACUUUUGCCCGCAUACCCACUACUGUCUGAAGGGGAAAUCAUACGGAAGGCUGCCAAAAUGAGAAUAUAAACUUCAGGUUGACAAAAAAAUGAAAAUAAACGUUGAUAUAAUACAGGAUCAUCACCUCUGGCAGGGAGCAGAAAAGGGUGUAUUAAGAUUUCGGUCAGUUAAAAGAAUUGUGAUUUAUUUCGUAAUAAAAACUUGUCCAACAAAUAAAGGUACUUGGUCUAACAAAUAAAGGUACUUGGUCUAUUCUUAUUCCGAAGAAUCGUAUAUUGAUUAACGGUUGUUAUAAAGUUAACUGCUCCAGGAAUUGAAGAUACACCAAGGAGUGGACGAGUUAACGAGGGGGCGAGAACGAGCGGUACAAGUCAUAAAUGAAUAAUAAUGAUAACAAAAACAACGAUAAUAUUUAAUCCAUGAAGUAAAACAAACAAAAACAACGAUAAUAUUUAAUCCAUGAAGUAAAACAAACAACACAUCAACACACACACACACACACAUUGUCAUCGAUCUAUCUCAGUGCGCAUACCUGUCCCAUCACCACGAGUGCAUUGUGUUUAGUGGUCACCUGCGAUAAUUAGGACAGCGACGCGCGCACGGUCACGUGACGCACCUAUUACUGAGGGUGGCCGCGGGCACAGGAGGCGAGUGCUCUUCCUUGCCUUCAUUCCACUUUUUGGACGCAUUCAGUGACUGUGCGUGAGUGUGGCGGGGUGCAGAGGUGCGUGAAGGAGUGUUGCACCACCUGUAGCAGCUUCAUAUUACUAAAGUGCGUGAAAGCAGAGUGUGUGUGUAGAGAAAUUGAGCGAGGUAAUGAUAGUCGGCUGUGUGGUUUAAAGUGUUCGUAUUUUGUGUCAUGUGGUGUGAGAGUGAGUGAGUGCGUGCGUGCGUGCGUGAGUGUGACGUUGUGUGGAGUUGCGUUUAGGUCUGCUUCAUCAACUUUAUUAACGUCACAUGUCUAAGGUGAGUGAGAGUGACAGUUACGUGGCGUUAGUGUUUCUUAAUUUGUGACCGCAAUUGUCACCCCCACUAAUUACAUAACCCGAUUCGGAUUUCGAGCCGUUUUUUACAACUGUCGCCAAGCCAUGACCCCAUCCAGCAUUGCAGCUAGGUUUAAGAUUUUCAAUUUUGACAAUAUCUCGUGAGUGGCUUUAAAAUACUCGUUAGUUAGGUUUCCAGUGGCUCCUAGCAAUAUUAGGAAUGAUACACGCAAGCUACCAUGUCUGGAAUGGAAUGGAAUGACCUAAAAAUCUGAAAACAAGCAAGCUACCAUGCCUGGAAUGGACUGGAAUGGCCUAAAAUCUGGAAAAAUAUAUCUGUUUUGUGAUUCCAGUGAGGUUAAAACAAGUAUAUUUUCUGACAUUUCUCAUGUUUAUUUGCAGUUAGAGGUGAUGUGUGGUUAGAACUGUGAUGUGGUAGAGCUGUGGUGAAUGUGUCCUGUGGUGGAAGACUGGGUGUGUGGUGUUGGGGAAGGAGACAAGGAAAAUCAGGUUAGGUUAAGUUAGCUUAGGUAUUAAUUGUUUACUACUAGUACUAGUAGUACUAGUAGUACUAGCAGUACUAGUACUAUUAUUCCAGAAUGCCGAACAACUCCGAUAUGGUAAAAGGGGCAAGACGACUUGGUAAAAGGGGCAAGCAGUCUUCCUUUUUCUUCCUCUUCCGUUUUUGCCAAAUCAUCAUCAUCAUCCUCUUCCAAGACCAAAGGAGGAAAACUAGUCAAAGGAGGAAAGGAUUCGGGAACGGGUGGAGGUGCAGGGGUGUCAUCUGCUGCAGGUGAGAGAGAGAGAGAGAGCUUGCGUACAAAAAAAUACUACUUCUACAACGGGUGGAGCAGGGACAUCUGGCAACACUGCAGUAUCCUCCUCUUCCUUCUCCUCCUCCUGCACCUCUUCCUCUGCCUCCAAAGUUCGAUUUGUGGGCCAACCCAGUUCGGAGGUAAGACAGUGCUAACCCAAGCCAAGCCAGUUAUUUCCUUAAGCCCUCAGUGGGAAAAAUAAUGAAAACAGAUGCUUGAAGUGAAGAGAUAAUUAGAGGAAAAUGGAAACAUUGAAAAGUGUUUAUAUUGAAGUAGAAAGAGGAAAAAAAGUUUGUGGGGGAAUAUAGAUGAAAAAUGUGAUUAAUUAUAAAGUACACAAGUUUCGACCUUUGAGGGAAGAAGGAAAGGGAUUAGAAAAUUAAUUGUGAAGGAAAGAUAGACAAGAAAUGUGUGAUUUUAAUAAUAAUGCCUUUACUAUUAUUACUUAGCACGGAGUGAAAAUACUGGUUAACUCUUGCACUUGGGAGGUGGACAGAAUAGUUGUGAAGGACUGAGAAUACAGAUUAACUCUUGCACUAAUGGAUGGAUAUCACAAGAAAGUCACUGUUUACUGGAAUAUUACUGAUAAAUCAACACUGUUUUCACCCACACAGCAUGUAAUGACGGUGCAACUCUUGCACUUGGGAGGUGGACAGAAUAGUGGUGAAGGACUGAGAAUACAGAUUAACUCUUGCACUAAUGGAUGGAUAUCACAAGAAAGUCACUGUUUACUGGAAUAUUACUGAUAAAUCAACACUGUUUUCACCCACACAGCAUGUAAUGACGGUGCUGGAGCUCCCCGAGGAUCCUGACUACUCCUUUAAGAAAUCUAUUGAUGCCUCAGUGAAUGAGGUUGUUAACGUCGCUAAGCUGCUGCUAACGGCCACGGAUGAGGUACGGAAGCUGAUCCUUAACGAGUGCGACAUGGUCCUGCAGUGCAAGGUGUGCAAAAAUUUGUUCAGCUCGGUCGAUAAUUUCUUGACGCACAAACGAAUUUACUGCCAGGAAGAGUUUGCUGAUCAGACACUUCUUCACCGCGUAAGUUGA